AGGACUCAAUCGAGAUUCCAUUCGUUAAAGAGAGUAGAUUUGAGAAGGGUGUAGAAAUUUUAGAUGGGUUUGACGGCGGCGCACUGAUGUCAUUGUUCUGGAUCGUCAUCCGUCAGCUUGCAGAGAUUGAAGCUAUGCAGGCUACUUCAAAGAAAGUUAUCACAAAGGAGGAAUGGGAGAAAAAGCUUAAUGAUGUUAAAAUUAAGAAAGAAGAUAUGAAUAAGUUAGUUAUGAAUUUUCUUGUUACUGAAGGUUAUGUUGAUGCUGCUGAAAAGUUCCGAUUUGAGUCUGGAACUGAACCAGAUAUAGAUCUUGCAACAAUAACAGAUCGGAUGGCAGUUAAGAAAGCGGUACAAUGUGGAAAUGUUGAGGAUGCAAUUGAGAAAGUUAAUGAUUUGAACCCUGAGAUAUUGGAUACAAAUCCGCAGCUGUUUUUUCAUCUUCAACAACAGAGGCUGAUAGAAUUAAUUCGAAAUGGAAAGGUGGAAGAAGCUUUGGAGUUUGCUCAGGAGGAGCUUGCACCUAGAGGAGAAGAAAAUCCAAGCUUUUUGGAAGAGUUAGAAAGGACAGUCGCAUUGCUGGCAUUUGAAGAUGUCGCCAACUGUCCUGUUAAAGAUCUUCUAGACAUAUCUCAGCGCUUGAAGACUGCCAGUGAGGUCAAUGCAGCCAUCCUUACGAGCCAGAGUCAUGAAAAAGAUCCAAAGCUCCCAAGCUUGCUAAAGAUGUUAAUAUGGGCACAGAAUCAGCUGGACGAGAAAGCUGCUUAUCCUCGCAUUAAAGAUCUCUCGACAGCCAAACUCGAAGGUCCUUCUAUUUGAAGGCAACAGAAAAACCUCUUGUACUCUUUUUCUUUAUAAACAAGGCUGUAAGUAGUUCGGAUUCUUGAACGGAUAAGGCCUUUUCAAAGUUGUUUCAUCUAUUUAUGUUAUCUUGUUCUAAAAUUCUUUGUACAGCGUUUAGACUAUUAUUAUGGUUCUAGUAUUUCAAUUUCAAGAAAUUAGCAAGUAUUCGCAUUGAA